AUUUCUGUUUUGUGGGAGAAUUUCUACUGUGGCUUGUGAGCAUUUUUCCCCUGGGAAGCCUGAAGACAGUCAGUAUCAAGGACAAUUUCAUAAACAAUGCCAUAGGGUAAAUAAACACAAGUUUAGAAAGACAUAACAUGAGCAGGAAUCCUAUACAGAGUUGAAGAAAUGCUGGAACAGAACAUAAGCAAUUCUAGGGCUCACAUUUAAAGCAACAGCCGUAAGGCAACAUAGUGGUGAAAUCUAUGGUCCCUAAUUCAGUAGCAGAGCAACUGAGACAUUACCGUAUUCCUCUUUCUGCAGAUUUAUUCAAGCAAAGUUUUAUGCAUUUUUGGCAUCUCUGACGAACAGAAAUGCUGUGGCUGGCACCUUAAAGAUUUCAUCCUAGCGGAGUUGUUUUCUCCAUCUCAGAAGUAUCAGCUCCUGGUCUAUCAUGCAGAUUCCCUGUUCCAUGACAAGGAGUAUAGAAAUGCUGUCAUGUCUGCCUUCUGAAAUUGAAGUGAAAUACAAAAUGGCAGAAUGUUAUACAAUGUUGAAGCAAGACAAAGAUGCUAUCGCUAUACUUGAUGGAAUCCCUUCAAGGCAGAGAACCCCAAAGAUUAACAUGAUGCUGGCCAAUUUGUACAAGAAGGCGGGUCAAGAACGGUCCUCUGUUACGAGUUACAAGGAAGUGCUGAGGCAGUGCCCGUUAGCCCUUGAUGCUAUCCUAGGUUUGCUGUCGCUCUCAGUAAAAGGUGCAGAAGUCGCCUCCAUGACAAUGAAUGUGAUUCAGAGUAUCCCAAACCUAGACUGGCUUUCAGUGUGGAUCAAAGCAUACGCGUUUGUACACACAGGAGAUAACACCAGAGCCAUCAACACCAUCUGUUCUCUGGAGAAAAAGUCUCUACUGCGGGACAACGUUGAUAUAUUGGGGAGUUUAGCAGACCUGUAUUUCAGAGCUGGUGACAAUAAAAAUGCAAUUCUAAAAUUUGAACAGGCACAAAUGUUGGAUCCAUAUUUGAUAAAGGGAAUGGAUGUCUAUGGUUAUUUGUUAGCCCGUGAGGGUCGCCUGGAGGACGUGGAGAAUCUAGGCUGCCGUCUCUUCAAUAUUUCUGACCAACAUGCGGAGCCUUGGGUGGUAUCAGGCUGCCACAGUUUCUACAGCAAACGUUACUCCAGAGCAUUGUACCUAGGAGCCAAAGCCAUCCAGCUGAACAGCAACAGCGUGCAGGCCUUGCUGCUGAAAGGUGCAGCUCUUCGGAAUAUGGGGAGAGUGCAGGAAGCAAUCAUACACUUCCGUGAAGCUAUACGUCUCGCCCCGUGCAGACUGGACUGCUAUGAAGGCCUGAUUGAGUGCUACUUGGCAUCUAAUGGUCUCCGUGAAGCCACUGUCAUGGCUAAUAAUGUCUACAAAACACUGGGAGCUAACGCACAGACCCUUACUCUUCUGGCCACCGUUUGUCUAGAAGACCCUGUUGCGCAGGAGAAAGCAAAAACAUUGCUGGACAAAGCAUUAACGCAGAGGCCUGAUUACAUUAAAGCUGUGGUGAAGAAGGCUGAGCUUCUCAGCCGAGAACAGAAAUAUGAAGAUGGAAUUGCUUUGCUAAGGAAUGCCCUGGCCAAUCAGAGCGACUGCAUUCUGCAUCGAAUGUUAGGGGAUUUCCUAGUAGCUGUUAAUGAAUAUCAAGAAGCCAUGGACCAGUAUAGCAUUGCUCUAAGCUUGGAUCCCAAUGAUCAGAAGUCACUGGAGGGAAUGCAAAAAAUGGAAAAAGAAGAAAGCCCCACGGACGCCACCCAGGAGGAGGAUGUAGAUGACAUGGAAGGGAGCGGAGAAGAAGGCGACCUGGAAGGGAGCGACAGCGAGGCAGCCCAGUGGGCUGAUCAAGAGCAGUGGUUUGGUAUGCAGUGAGGCGGUUGCCUUGCGGAGUGACCCCUGAAGGCCGCCUCCUCCUGGACGAAGGAGCACCCAAAAAGGACUCUUGGCUGUUGCCAAAACUGGACUGAGGCAUCAUCUGAAGCUGCCGUGGAGGUUAAAAACGUCCUGUUCUGUUUUGUACUCUCAGCGCUCCUUAUUUAAUAUGAAAACUGAGUAGCAGCAGCAGCUUGGAGCCAGGCAGGCAUUGGUAUCAAACUGUGACUUGAGUUCUUAUGUCUAAAAUUAGAAGCUUUAAAAGAAUAUAAACUGUUUCUGGCAUAUUUGUUAAUGACUAAACCGAUGCUGGAAUCAUGUUACAAACUAAUUACUCCUGAUUCGUAUUGGUGGAUAAACGUAGGCUGCUUUGUAUUCUUUUAUAAAAGAGGCUUUAUUCACAAAGCCCACAUGGAGUGUUUAGAUGCAGGAACUCCUCCAGAAACCUGUGGGAGUCUCUCUCAAGGACAGCCAAUUCCCUUCAGCUCCUACCCAGUCUCUCCUGUCUUUUGUAGAAGGCUCUCUCAUACGUACUCUUAAAAACAGAAGCAUGCCACUUUGUGCCUCUAAUUGAUGUGCUGAUCAAUUCACACACAAAAUGAAUGGUGGUAUGGGAGGGAAUUAUAGUUAUUUCCACUUUCCAUACUAGUCAGUGCCAUUCCUAUAAACCUUUACCUUUACAGGGCAUUGAAAACAUAAGAUGGGACAGUGGAAAAGGUCACCGAGAAGAGCCAAUUGAAAGCACUUAAGGCUAUUUCUACUGAGUAAUGCAAAUUCAUAUUUAAAUGUCAAAGCCCUUGCCUUUGUAGAUGACUAUUAAAAACCCUUGCAAACUUGUGAUUCAA